AUGAGAAUGCACUUAACUGAAUCUUUUCCUUUAAAGCAGCAACAGGAUACAGAACUAUGCUUCUGCUGUCUUACAAGGACCUUCUUUGACAGGUAUUCCCUGUUUUAUAACCGCUUGAAGAACAUUGAGGAAAGUGAAGGAGGCCUUGAUAAAUUUUCAAAAUGUUACAAAACCUUUGGAGUUAACCAAUUUGUGGAUGGUGGAAUAUAUUGCAAAGAGUGGGCACCGGGAGCAGAAGCAGUGUUUCUUGCGGGUGACUUCAAUGGCUGGAAUCCCUUUUCUCAUCCAUAUAAGAAGAUGGAGUAUGGGAAGUGGGAGUUGUUCAUUCCACCUGGACAAGAUGGUUAUCCUUCUGUGCCCCAUGGAUCAAAGCUAAAGGUGGUGAUUCGUGCUCAAAAUGGCGAACUCCUCUAUCGUAUUUCACCUUGGGCAAGAUAUGUAGUCCGUGAUGAAGACAAAGUGAAUUAUGAUUGGGUACACUGGAAUCCCCCACAGUCGUAUAUACAUAAGCAUCCUUCCCCCAAGAGAUUAAAAAGCCUAAGAAUCUAUGAAUCUCAUGUGGGGAUUGCUUCCCCAGAAGGGAAAGUAGCUUCUUAUAAAAACUUCACGUACAAUGUACUACCUAGAAUAAAGGAUCUUGGAUAUAACUGUGUCCAGCUGAUGGCUAUUAUGGAACAUGCAUACUAUGCCAGUUUUGGUUAUCAGGUCACAAGCUUCUUCGCAGCAUCAAGCCGUUAUGGAACUCCAGAUGACCUGAAAGAAAUGAUUGACGUUGCUCACUCAAUGGGCAUCACUGUUCUGCUGGAUGUUGUGCACAGCCAUGCGUCAAAAAACUCUGAAGAUGGUCUCAACGAAUUUGAUGGUACAGAUUCUUGUUUCUUCCAUUCCGGUCCUAAAGGAACUCAUCGGCUCUGGGACAGCAGGCUCUUUGACUAUGCAAACUGGGAAGUUUUAAGAUUCCUUCUGUCUAAUUUGAGAAUGUGGAUUGAAGACUAUCGCUUUGAUGGCUUCCGAUUUGAUGGUAUUACAUCUAUGUUGUAUCACCAUCAUGGGAUUGGCACAGGAUUCAGUGGAGAUUACAAUGAAUAUUUUGGCCUACAUGUGGAUGAAGAUGCUUUGUGUUAUCUAAUGCUGGCCAACCACAUGAUUAAUUUCUUGCAUCCGGAAUGCAUAACCAUAGCAGAGGAUGUUUCUGGAAUGCCAGCUCUUUGUCGUCCUAUUGCAGAGGGAGGAGUGGGUUUUGAUUAUCGACUAGCCAUGGCUAUUCCAGAUAAGUGGAUACAGAUAAUUAAGGAGCUGAAAGAUGAAGACUGGAAUAUGGGCAAUAUUGUGUAUACAUUAACAAACAGACGGUAUGAAGAAAAGUACAUUGCAUAUGCAGAGAGCCAUGAUCAGGCGCUUGUUGGUGAUAAGACAUUGGCGUUUCGACUGAUGGAUGCAGAGAUGUAUACAAACAUGAGUGUGCUUUCGCCUCUUACUCCAGUUAUUGAUCGUGGAAUACAGCUUCAUAAAAUGAUUCGUCUCAUUACUCAUGCACUUGGAGGAGAGAGCUAUCUGAACUUCAUGGGUAAUGAAUUUGGGCAUCCAGAAUGGCUGGACUUCCCCAGAAGAGGGAAUAAUGAGAGCUACCAUUAUGCCAGAAGACAGUUUAAUCUUACUGAGGAUCAUCUUCUUCGCUAUAGAUUCCUAAAUACAUUUGAUAGAGAUAUGAAUAAAUCGGAGGAAAGAUUUGGCUGGCUUGCAUCUCCCCCGGCCUUUGUGAGUGAAAAGCAUGAAUCCAAUAAGGUCAUAGCAUUUGAGAGAGCAGGUCUCAUUUUUAUUUUCAACUUCCAUCCGCAUCAAAGUUAUGUGGACUACAGAGUAGGUAUUGAAAAUCCAGGAAAGUAUAAAAUCCUUCUGGAUUCUGAUGCUGCAGAAUAUGGAGGGCAUCAAAGGCUGGACCACAGUGCAGAGUACUUCUCUGAAGAAUAUCCUCACAAUGAUCGACCUAAUUCACUUAUGCAAUCCAAUUCACAGACCACCUUCAGCCAACACCCCAGAAGAUGCCACAGGCACCACAUAGAGGUGUACAUUCCAAGCAGAGUGGCUAUUGUGCUUCAGAAUAUGGAUAUCUCAAAAUGACGUCUCUGUAACUAUCACGGAAGAAGCAAGUCGUAGAAGAAGUGCUGAUACGCUGUACUAAUACUAACUAUAACAAAACUUGCUCUAAGGAGGCUUUCUGAAGCUUAGUAAUAUUAGGUGUUUAAAAUGUAAGAUUAAUAUUCACAUAUAAUUGCAGAGCUCUUGACUUGCUAGAACCUCUUUUGAGGAAAAUUUACAAAAGAGGCAGAAAGGAAAACAUUGGUUUUGUAAUUCUAGUAGUACAAAAUUACACUUAAGAUACUGCAAAGCAGCAGGUAUUCAUGAUUAAAUUGUUGUUUACAGAGUUUUAUCAGGAAUAAUAAGAGUGAUCCUGCUCCGAAGUCUGUAGUUUCUUGUAAUCCUCUUUUCUGAUAGUGAAUUCAAAUGUUCAUUAUAUAUUAAUGCUUACUAUAGUAAUACUUACUAAAAGUAAGUAGCCUGCUUAAAUAGAACAGAAGGUUUUGGCUAAAAGGCAGCCUUAGCGGUUUGUGGGACCUAAUUUGAGACUCCUCUUCUUCAGUGAAGUGCAACAUGCAAUUAGAAACGUUUAUCCAAAUGGAUGAGAAGGUCCUCUGAGAGUAUUGUACUUUGCCAUUUUUUAUUUAAUUAAAAUAGCACAAAAAUGCUGAACAGCAAAAUGAGCAGGCCGAUUGACUGGUGACCUGCUGAUGCUACUGUGUGUGUUGCUUAAUUGCUCCCAAUCAAAUCACUUAGUGUUUUGCAUCUCACUUGCUACAGCUGAAAAAAAUGACACAACUAUUUUACUUAGAUGACUAAAAUGUUCAGUGAGAAAU